UUCACUGCAAGUCCUUGUGAACCUGCUGCUAAGGAGUCUUGGGCUGCUGAAAGCAUCGGUUUACAUGGAAGAUGUCUUUCCUUGUUAGGUUUUCGCUCGCCAUUUUCAAUGCAUUCUUUCUGCUCUGCAUAAAAUCGCAGUGUUCUAUGGCUCUCGGCUCUCCCUGAUGAUGUUUGUGAAGGUACCAGAAAGUCCACCGGCAGCGAUGUCCAGAAAUGGGUAUUUUUUUGAAGAGACUGGUUAUCUUAAAUGUGACACCGAUGACGGCUGUGAGAACAAAGAAGAAGUAGGAGGAGAAGAGCUCUUUGACACUGUAAAUUCCUCAAUUGUUUCCGGGGACAGCAUCAGAUUCUUUGUGAAUGUCAAUUUGGAAGUACAACAGAAUGUAACUGUAGAAAGUGAAAGUGCUGGCUGUGUUUUAUUACAUACAUCUAGAAAGUACCUGAAAUUAAAGAAUUUUGAGGAAGAAGUCAGAGCCCACCGUGACCUGGAUGGGUUCCUGGCCAGAGCGAUCAUCAUACUGGAUGAGACCGCAACCUCCUUGGAUGAUGUCCUUCGAGAGAUGCUGAAACACUUCGCUGAAGAUUCUGACAACACAGAGCCAAGCUGCAACUUUGACAAAAUAAUGAGCACUUUAUUCACCGAUUCGGGAGCCCCCAGAGAAGGGAACGUUCACCUCCUAUCCGAUACAAUUCAGGGGGUCACAGCAACCGUCACAGGGGUUCAAUAUCAACAGUCCUGGCUCUGUAUCAUUUGCACUAUAAAGUCUCUUCAGCGACGUCAUGUUUGCAUCAGCCGCCUGGAGAGGCCUCAGAACUGGGGGGAGAACUCCUGUGAAGUGAGAUUUGUCAUCUUGGUUCUUGCGCCUCCUAAAAUGAAAAGUACGAAAACUGCCACCGAAGUAGGCCGGACCUUCGCCACGAUGUUUUCAGAUAUAACUUUUCGGCAGAAGCUUCUAGAAACAAAAACCGAAGAAGAGUUUAAAGAAGCUUUGGUACAUCAGCGCCACCUGCUGACGGUGGUGAAUCAGAGACCCUCAGCAGUGAACGAGGGGCACAAAACACACAGCCACAAGCCGCUCAAGUUGCAUGAGUUUUUCAAUGUUGGCAAGGGAAUAUUCGAUGACAUAGCACGAAGAUUUCCAGUGUACGCUUUGGACUUCACUGACGGGAUUAUCGGGAAUAACAAGGCCAUAGGAAAAUACAUCACAACGAUGAUCUUUUUAUAUUUUGCCUGCCUCCUGCCAUCCAUUGCAUUUGGUUCCCUAAAUGAUGAAAACACAAGAGGAGUUAUUGAUGUGCAGAAGACAAUUGUUGGCCAGUGUAUCGGUGGACUUCUUUAUGCUCUGUUUUCAGGGCAGCCUCUAGUUGUACUCUUAACCACGGCUCCUUUAGCCUUGUACAUCAAUGUGAUCCGGGGGAUCUGUGAUGACUACAGCUUGGAUUUUAGUGCUUUCUACGCCUGGAUUGGACUGUGGAACAGUUUUUUCCUUGUGCUGUAUUCUCUCUUUAACUUCAGUCUUGUAAUGAAGCUCUUUAAAAGAUCAACAGAAGAAAUCAUUGCACUUUUUAUAUCGAUCACAUUUGUGCUUGAUGCACUCAAAGGGAUUAUUAAAGUUUUUAAGAAAUAUUACUACCAUGAGCACCAAGGAGACAGUUACUUGGAAAAUACACGUGCUGAUGUCAUUCCAAGCCUCAGCAUCAAUACCACCUUCUUGAUGAAUUCAUCAGUGAGCAGGUCUGUGUCGCUGGAGAAUCAGACGGGCAUGAAUGAGGUCGUGCAUUAUGGACGUGAAACUGCUGUCCUUAGUCUCAUGUUGAUGCUGGGAACCCUUUGGCUUGGUCAUACACUUUAUCAAUUUAAGAAAAGCCCCUAUUUGCAUGCAAGGGUCCGCGAAAUCCUGUCCGACUGUGCCUUACCCAUAUCCGUUCUAACCUUCUCCAUCGUAGGCUCCUACUUCUUCAAGGAAAUAGAAAUGUCCAAAUUUAACUACAACCCAUCUGAGAGUUUAUUCGUGCUGGCCCCAAUCCAAUCUCUCUCAAUUGGCUCUGUAAUGAGCGCCAUGGGCCUGGGGUUCCUUCUGUCGAUGCUUUUCUUCAUAGAGCAGAAUAUAGUGGCAUCACUCACAAAUGCUCCAGAGAACAGGUUAGUGAAAGGAACAGCUUAUCACUGGGACCUCCUCCUUGUAGCUCUGAUUAACACGGGACUGUCUGUCUUCGGACUGCCAUGGAUACAUGCUGCAUUCCCUCAUUCCCCAAUGCACGUCCGAGCACUGGCCUACGUGGAAGAGAGGGUUGAAAAUGGGCACAUCUAUGAGACGAUAGUGAGCGUGAAGGAGACACGACUGACUACACUGGUGGCCAACUUCUUGGUGGGUCUCUCGCUCUUCCUCCUGCCCUUCCCACUGCAGUGGAUCCCGAAGCCAGUCCUCUAUGGCCUCUUCUUGUACAUCGCCCUGACCUCCAUUGAUGGGAAUCAGCUCUUCGAGAGGGUGGCCCUCUUGCUGAAAGAACAGACGGCUUACCCUCCGACGCAUUACAUCCGCAGGGUCCCUCAGAGGAAGAUCCAUUAUUUCACAGGCCUACAGGUUCUUCAGCUCCUCAUCCUCUGUGGGUUUGGGAUGUCACCGUUACCGUACAUGAAGAUGAUUUUUCCUCUCAUUAUGAUAGGAAUGAUCCCAAUCAGGUAUAACCUGCUUCCUAGGAUCAUUGAAGCAAAAUACUUAGAUGCUAUGGACGCGGAGCACUAAAAAUGAAUCUCUGCUCUGAGAACAACGAACAGCUUUUCAGAUCGAAAGGAAAUGGCAGCCUUGCUGAGAUGUAGAAUUAUUUAUCUGAAGUUCUCUUUUGUUUAGAACCUCCAGGACUUUCUUUCUGCUCUAGUCUGGCACUUGGAGAUACACGGUUGAAGACCAAUUGGCCAUUCAAGUUUCAGAUCAAAACAGGCUUGGAUUGAGAGGCCAGUAUUCUUCUGAGUUUUGAGGCAAGCCAGCUUUAUGGAAAUGUUACCUUCUACAUCCUAAAACUUGAAAUCCCACAGAUCAAUGUGUUUCUCUUGUUGGAUUGUGCUGUGCUAGGGUUGCCUCGUGUUCCCUUUUUUUAGGGGGGGAUCCCUUUUUUAUACACUGUCCCUUUUCCCAGAACACUAUUGAUAUGUAAGGACAGUAAUCAACCCUUGCUUUACAGAAUUACUGAAUAAUUUGGAGCUUUAAUGCAAUUACCCAUCUCUCCAGUUCAUCUUCCAGAAGGAUAGCCCUAUGUCAGAGGAGACGUGUAGUGAUCUCGUCAAGUUCUUGAUUAGUGGAUGGGCUGGGAAGCAAAAGAAUAUGGUUGUGCUGAGAUUGUGUAUUAUUUAAUUUCGUCAUAUGUACCAGAAAUGUUCAGAGGUUGGAUUCACUUUGUGAUGCUGAUGUAAUUACAGCUGGCUCUAAGCCGCUUGGGAGUUAGUUGAACCUAUUUUACACUGUUACUUCUCAGUAAUCAAAUAUAGAAUUGUAGGUUUGUACAGCAGCAACCUUUUUGGUUGUGCCCAAAUUCACCUGGAUGCUGAAACGUGGCAAAAUUCAGUCAUGUGCAUUAAUGUUCGCAUAUACAUAUGUACAGAACUGCCUAUGUGUACAUAUAUACAUACAUAAUUUAGAUUUGUGUAUAUAUUUUGCAUAUAUAUAUUAUACAUAUAUUGGAUAUAUAGGCAUAUUCUUUCAAGAUAUUGAAAGUGUUCUUGUGCAAUCAGUGUUACCUGUACUAUGUUGACAUACAUUUGUCCUUUGCUUCAGUACUUCUUUUUUCUUAUUCAAAGCCAUUCUUUGUCAAACUGCAUUAACCCAAUUACUGAUGAUUAUUUUUAAACAUACUGCUAAGUUCAAACAUUCUUUCAUUUUCCUCUAGCCCUUUGGCUUUUGUGACCUGCAUACUCCUUUCUGACGUGAAUUUUCCAUUUAAUUUUAAUGUACAGUAUGCAGUGAAAGUUGGUUGUUUUCUAAUCAAUAUUUCUGUUUGUCACUUCACUGUUUCAGUUUUGUAGCUACCUCCCAUUUUCCCCCACCCCCAGACAUUACAUUAUAUUUCUGUAUGAAUUCUAACUCUCCUGCUAUCUGUUUUAUCUUUUGGUUUAUUUAAUUUAGCUGGUAUUAUGGUCAGUUUUUCUAUACUUGAAGUACUGUGAAACAAGCUAUCCUUUAACGAAUUCCAUAUUGAUCUGCAGUGCAGCUAAGGGCAAACUUUACAAGAAAAGAAAGUGGAGCAAUGAAGAUCAUUUUAAAAAGCAAAAAUUAGGAUCCCAUGACAAUAAAUGCAAAUAGACAGUAGAUUAGUGCAGACAAGUGUUUUGUUUCAAGCAAAUUGUUUGCACAACAAUUGGCGGUGAGAUUUAUCAGACAGAAUACAUCGGCGAUUUGGCUCUCUUUACGAAGUAAACAACACAUCUCUCCGUCACUGAGAGGAACUGGGGAAGAAAGCUCAUCUGCUAAAACCAAACUUAUAACCCUAAACUUAGUAACUCAUUCAAUAAUUAGUUUGCUUUUAAUAACACUCAAAGGGAUUCCAUCAUAAUGCAGUUGCCUACAGCUUUCAAGGAAACUACUGAGAGCAGAGUGUUCAGUUUCUCUUUGAAGUUUCAUAAGUUUCCCAUUGACAAUCCAAUGAAGGAGCACCAGGUUGUUCCUAAGGGUGUAUAUGUUACUGUCGGGGAUAAACAUUGAGCACAGUAAUUGCAGGGAAAUAGAUUCUCUACUUCAUUAGCCAUCUAAGCAGCAUUGUAUUACCUUGAAAAUGUAACCUUCUGUUCUACUCAACUCCUGCGGAUGUGCUGUGAAGGGCAAGGCCUAAUCUGGCCCUUCUAAUAAAUGAAACGUGGGCAUUGCCAUUCAUUUGUUUUUACUAGGAAUGUCUUAGCACACCAAAAAGAAAUCACUAUAGUAACAAACAUGGCUAACUAACAAACAGAUCUGACGCUUUUUGCAUGAUCCAGAACAAGAAAAGAAUUAAAGGCAACUAAAUUAUUAUGCACAUUGACUAAUAUUCUUAAUCCUGGCAUCAGGUCUAUGGCAGGGUUGCUAGUAGUCGUUGCAGAAGUUUCAAAUUAAAGUUUAUUCAUUUCUUUAAUUUCACCUAAAGAUGAGGUGAAUGUUCAGCAAACAAGACUGUUGUAUGGUCCAGAGGGCAGUCUAUGCCAGUCCAAACAAAAGAGGCUAGGUGACUCAAAAAGUGAACAGUAUUGAUGUCCAUGGUCAGAUAUGAAUUGCAAUAAGACAAUUUUCCAACAAAUUCUUUCCUUCCCAGUGUAAAACACAUUGAAAUGAAACCCCCUGAAAAGGAGAUUAGGUGUCUCAAAUACUUUGGAGUGACCUGCGUGUUGAAAACAUGGCUGUUCGAACUACACAUUUGUUGUGUUAUGUCACUGAUGCCUGGGCUCCCAGUGUUUGUGUUUCUAACAGCAGACCUCACAAUGUGAAAAAUCAGACUCCGUGCAUGAGAGGGUAUAAAGCACAUGAUGGAUCCCCUGACUGGGAGCGGGGCGUGAAUGCUGCGAGCAAAGCAGCUGUUUCAAGUAAAAGUCCAUAGGUGAAAUUCAUCUCUGUGCAGUCUCAUGGAACAUAAGUUGUCCAUAGGUUUUGGGUUGACCCUCUGCACAGGAGGUGAAUUUCACUGUACAUAUACAAUAAAUCUAGUUACAGAAAAGCCUAUGAGCAUACCUGCAAACUGCAUGAAAAUACUGUAGGACUAAAAAGGAAAAGAAAACCCUAAAAAACUAUGUGCAAUAGAACAGCUACCAUAGGGUUCAUGGUUCACCUUGUAAACUUACAUGAGUUACCACAACCUGUCAUUUUUGCAUUGACAGACUGUGUGUGUCGCACUAACAAAAGCCCUUGCAGGAGUAACAUAUUUUAAAUGAGCUCUUUCUCAGUUUCUUGAAAGAACCAAAAAUGCCCUUUACUUUUCUCUAAGUCUCUCUGAAAAUAGCAGUCCAGAUGCAGUGACAAAUGUCGCUGAGUUAAGCAAUGUAAAAUAUAGAAAUAGUUACACUUCAACAUGAUUUGGAGGCAAAUUAACCCUCACAGCUAAAAUAAGCACCCUAACUACUUUUAUAAGGUGUUGUUUUGCAACAGUUUGUGAUGCAAUUUCAAUCUCACGUGUAUUUUCUUUUUACCAUAAA